AUGUCAUCUACUUCCCCUCCCCCAGCAGAAUCGGAUCCUGCACCGACUCACCGGUGUCUCUGGCAGGACUGUACCCAGUCCUUUGGUGAUCCUGAGCAGCUCUACAAUCAUCUUUGCAACGAACACAUUGGCCGCAAGAGUACUAAUAACCUCUGUCUUACUUGCAAGUGGAAGGACUGCGGGACGUCCUGUGCCAAGCGAGACCAUAUUACCAGCCAUCUCCGAGUGCAUACCCCACUGAAGCCCCAUUCCUGCGAGAUAUGUCAGAAAUCAUUCAAGCGACCUCAGGAUCUCAAGAAACACGAAAAGAUUCAUACAGAGGAGCACCAUGUGCAGCACAAACAUUCAAAGGCCAUCACCGUUGUUGACCCCGUCUACGUCAGCAGAGUCCGUGGCGGUGAAGACCCGAAAAAGCAGUUGAGAGUGCCCAGUGCUCGCUCGACCUCCCACUCUUCGUCAGCCUCUGAAGUCUCUCACUUUGGCCUUCUCCCUACUCCAUCUCCAGAAUUGCCUCAUCAGGCUGCCCACCAUGUCUCGCCCUCAGACGACAUCCAUAUGCUGCAUAACCAGCUGCCGUCAUGGGAGGUCCUGCGUACGGAGGACCCGCCGGUUUCAGCAGGCUCGAAGCGCUCGCAUGACUACAAUGUCGAUGACUUCUUCACCGACAUGAAAAAGAGGCGCGUAAAUCCGUCGUAUGACCCCCGCAUGGCUGAGCGCCUCAACAACCUCAGCUUCGCCGGACACAACUUUAAUCCACGUUCAGUGUCUGUCGAGAUCCGCUCUCCCGAGGAGCUCGCAGCAGUCAACGAAUUUUUGGUCACUCUCGGCAGGAAUGUUGCCGGCCGCCCCCAGCAGCCAUCCCCGCCUUCUACUACCGCUGCCGCCUUCCCGCCCGACUAUUUUGAUCCAGUCUCGCUUUCCCAGCUCGGACUUGCCGGAAUGCCGGGAAUGCCGCCUUCUCAUACGCACUAUUCCCCAGAACCCGCACCAUAUCCGACUAAUUCCCCGCCUCAACAAUACGCCAACUACUCUACCCAGCGGUAUCCAUCGCUUGCCGAGUACCCGCCCUCUACUGAUUAUCAUCGACGCACCCCAUCUGUCUCCUCUGCGCGUUACAUAUCCGGCGGGCCUUACCACCCAUCUCCGCCUUCAGAGCACAGCACCACGCCGCCUCUUGACUUUGAUUACAUCCGUGCUUCUCGCGGCCCUCCGCCGGCAGCAACGAUCUCUCCCGUAGAGUACAUGAACAAGGCUAUGCGGCCUAUGGUACCGCUUAAAUCGGUGCCAACAGCGUCCAAACCAACCCCUGUUGAGCCCAAGCUCAUGCGGGACAUGCAUCGUGGACCUCCCGCUAAGCUCACUUCAUCUUCAUCCUCUUCUUCCACUGCUUCUUCCACGCCGUCUUCCCCGGAGAGAAAGAAGAGCUCUUUGUACCCUCUCCUUACUUCGGGUGAUGCUCAAUAUAAACUAGCUCCACUCGCGUCGUCGUCAUCGGAAAAGACGCUUCCUGGAAUCCGAAGCAUAAGCGACGACCUCUCCCGGAUUGAACUUGGCGCAAAGCGCGAGAUCACGUCCGAAGAGAGGCGGCAUCAUGCCGAACUAAUUAAGGAUCUGCUGGUUAGCAUUAACUUUGAUUAUAAGCGUCGCUACGGCACACCGAAAACGGCCAAGAAGGACCGAAUUGUGGAACGCGAUGUUGAGAUGGUUGCUGUUUAA